AUGUUUUCAGACGAGAAGAAAACACCAUUCGCGACCAUGUCGACAAACAGGACUGUGGCCAAUCAGUCAGGAAUUCAGACCGAAAUGCCAGACAAGACCGAACAGACCACUGCCAUUGUUACCUCCGACGAUCGGGUUCCUCUCGAAGAAGAGCGCGACCCCGGUGAGUGGGCCGCUCUCGAAAAAAGGGUCCGAUGGAAAGUCGACCUGCGCCUCUGCUCCAUCGCCGGCCUGCUUUGCAGCCUCAAUUUGUUAGAUUCGGGCAUUCUCUCAUCAGCGGCCGUCACCCGCAUGCUCUCCGAUCUUGAUCUGGACCAGGGCAAUAGGUACUCGGUGUCCAUCUUCAUAUUCACCAUCGCCAGCGUCGUCUUCCAAUUGCCUUGCACCAUUGCCGUGCGAUUAGUUGGUCCACGCCUCUGGUUCGCAAUGAUCACCUUCGUCUUCGGCCUGCUGACCCUCUGCACCGCGUUCAUUCACACCUGGCGCCAGAUGAUCGCCCUGCGUGUGCUGCUCGGCAUCGCCAUGUCCGGCAUCUACCCGGGCCUGACCUAUCUCAUCAGCGCAUGGUACCCCCGGCGAGAGCAGCAGCUUCGAUUCGCGUUCCUUCAAUCGGGUGAGGUGACCAUUCUCGCCACAGGCACCUUGGUCAAUUUCGGUCUCAACCACUUGGACGGCCGCGCCGGCCUGGCCGGCUGGCGCUGGAUGUAUCUGGUCCAGGGCCUGAUAAGCUGCGUCCUGGGCAUCGCCACGUAUUGGUGGAUGGUAGAUUUCCCCGAACACUCGCAUCGCAGCUUUUGCUUUCUCACCGAGCGGGAAGCGCGCGUGGCUGCGCGGCGCAUCCAGGACGACCGCGCGGAUUUGGUUCCGGAGCCAUUCUCGUGGCCCCGUGUGCUCAGCAAUUUCCUGGAUCUCAAGAUCUACGGGUUUGCAUGCAUGUUCUUUUUGCUGAAUUUGGUGUCGACGGCGCUGUCUUAUUUCCUGCCGAUCAUUUUGCAGUCCGGAAUGGGCUUCUCGUCGAAUGACUCCAUUCUCCUUUCCACUCCCCCAUAUUACUACGCCGUAAUCCCCGUGCUGCUUACCUCUCUAAUCGGUGAUUAUUACCGCAUGCGCGGGCCCCUGAUCACGUUCAACGCGCUGUGUAUCAUCGCCGGCUUUCUCAUGUUCGGUCUCCCUGCCUCCACGCAAGUGACGGUGCGCUAUGUGGGGACGUUCCUGGCGACAGGGGCCUACAUUUCGAACUGGGCUGCUCUGAACGCGUUUCAAGCCAACAAUGUCACGGGCCAGUGGAAGCGCGCUGUCACAUCUGCCGCCGUGACGGCAUGCAAUGGGCUUGGUGGUGUUGCCGGGAGUUACAUCGUCCGCUCCCAAGAGGCGCCAGAGUACCAAACCGCCGUUUGGGUGUCUGUUGGUUCUCACAUCCUUCUGAUUACUGUUGUGGGCGCUUUCACGCUCUAUUUUUACAUUGCCAAUCGGCAGCAGAGGCGAGGCUUGAAAGUGAUUGAGGGCGUGCCUGGUUUCCGGUACACCUAUUAA